AAUGCGCAGCCCCGUGCUCGCCUCAGCCCGCCAGAGCUCACAGAGACAGACAGACAGAUACCCGGAAGAUCCGAAACAGAGCCGAGCAGAGCAGAAUGAACCGCUUCAGGACCUCCAAAUACAAGAACACCACCCCGCGGAUCCCCCGGAGAGAGGGAUGGGUGUCGGAUGUUCGGGGAAGCUCCUUAAACUCUCAGGGCAACCAGAUCAAGACCAGCUGCAGCUUCGUGGCGUUCUGCACAGAUCAGGCUGGAGGUGGAAUGGUGGGAUUGUGCUCAGUAGAUCCUGGUCCUGAUGGGAAAUGGGCAGUCAGUUACACUCCAUGUCAUGAUGAUCAAGUUACAGAUCUGGAUUUUUCUCCCUUUGAUGAUCUUUUGGCCACUUGCUCAUCUGAUCAGACGGUGAAGCUGUGGCGUGUGGGUGAGUCGGGUCAGGAAGUUCUGCCCACUGCUGAGGCUACUUUAAAGCCUGAUGAUGGACGGCUGGAACUGGUGCUUUUCCACCCCACCGCCUCGGGUCUGCUGGCCGUCGCCUCCAGCAAGGGGGUUCAGGUGUGGGACACCAGCAGGGACAAAGCCCUGGCAGUGUUGGAGCAGCAUGCGGAUCUGUUGCAGGGUCUGGCCUGGAAAGAGGACGGAUCCCUGCUGGCCUCCUCCUGUAAGGAUAAAAAUCUGCGUGUCUUUGACCCGAGAGCCCAGCUGACCCCCGUCCAGAGUGCGUCAGCCUUCCAGACUAAUAAGGACUCGAGGGUUCUGUGGGUCAAAGAGGAUUAUAUUCUCACUACAGGAUUCAACCAGCAUCGGCAGCAGGAAGUGAGGUUGUGGGACAGCAGGAAGCUGAACUCGUCUCUCAGCUCUGUGUCUUUAGCCACGUCCAGUGGGACUUUGAUGCCGCUGUACGAUCCAGACUCAGGUCUCCUCGUCGUAUCAGGGAAGGGAGAUAGAGUGAUGGACUGCUUUGAGGUGACGACCAGCGAUCCGUUCCUUUCUCAAGUCAGUCACUGUCUGAGUGAUGCUUCCACGCGUGGCAUCGCCUCUGUUCCUAAGCUGGCGCUGGAUGUGGGCUGCUGUGAGGUGAUGCGGGUGAUGCAGCUGACGGAGAGCUUCAUCAUCCCAGUCAGCUACCAGGUGCCUCGCAAGGCUGGGCAGGACUUCCACGCUGACCUGUAUCCUGAUACACUGGGUCGUACAGCAGCCAUGUCAGCAGAUGAGUGGUGGCAAGGAGGAAACAAGCAGCUAGAGAGGGUCAGCCUGCACCCGGACAAGAGGCCGAAGAGAAAAGCAGUGUCGGACUCCGCCCCGGUUCUGCGUAGUGGGAAAAGUAAAGAGGAAGCCUCCACCUCCAGCAGUCUUGUGAGCACCCCCAGCAGCAGCGCCGCCCCGUCCCGCUCCCCGUCCUCCACCAGCGGCCUGUCCUCGGGCUUCCAGCCCAGCCCCAGCCAGAGCUCCCGUGCCAUCCAGAGCAUGCUGGGUCCGAGCUCUAAGUUUCGGCACAUCCAGGGGAGCGUUCUCCACCGCGACACCCACAUUACCAACCUGCGGGGCAUGAGUCUGACCACGCCCGGGGAGUGCGAUGGCUUUUGUGCCAAUGGGAAGCGUGUGGCUGUGCCCCUGGCCACCGCCGGAGGACAGAUCGCUGUGCUGGAGCUCUCUCAGCCUGGGAAGCUGCCGGACACGGCUCUCCCCUCCAUUCAGAACUCAGUGAACGUAGCCGACCUCUGCUGGGACCCGUUCGACCCACAGAAGCUGGUUGUUGCUGGUGAUGAUGCGAAGAUCCGCGUGUGGAAAGUUCCAGAGGGAGGGCUGGUGGAGACUCUGACUGAUCCAGAGUCUGUCCUGCAGGGGCACACUGAGAAGAUCUACUCCAUCAAGUUCCACCCCCACGCCUCCGGUCUCCUGGUCUCCUCCUCGUACGACAUGACGGUCCGGCUGUGGAACCUGGACACUGGAGACGAGGUCAAGAAGCUUAGUGGACACCAGGACCAGAUAUUUGGGAUGGCUUGGAGUCCUGAUGGAAAGUUGCUGGCUACAGUGUGUAAAGAUGGAAAAGUGCGUUUAUACGACCCGCGCUCCUCAACCGAGCCCAUUCAGGAGGGCCCGGGGCCUGAGGGCCACAGAGGAGGGCGUGUGAUCUGGGUGUGUCAUGGUCAGUAUCUGCUGGUGUCUGGAUUUGACUGUCGCAGUGAGAGGCAGCUGUACCUGUACUCCUCUAAGUCUUUAGCGUCUGGAGCUUUAGCCAACGCCGCCGCCGACGUCUCGCCCUCCACCCUCAUCCCGUUCUACGACCCGGACACCAGCGUCGUCUUCCUCACAGGGAAGGGGGACACUCGCGUGUACAUCUAUGAAAUCAUCUCAGAGUCGCCGUAUUUUAUGGAGUGCAGCAGCUUCAGCUCCUCUGAGCCUCACAAGGGUCUGAGCGUCCUGCCGAAGGUGGAGUGUGAUGUGAGAGAUGUGGAGAUAGCCAGAGCCAUCCGGCUGGGGAAGACCACCAUCGAGCCUGUAGCCUUCAAAGUCCCCCGAGUCCGAAAAGAGUUCUUCCAGGAUGACGUGUUCCCGGAGACGGCGGUUUGGUGGGAGUCGGUUUUGACAGCUAAAGCUUGGCUCUCUGGUUCUAACGGGCAGCACCGCAAGAUCAGCCUGCGACCCAAAGACAUGACCCCAGUGAGCGAAGCUCCUAAAGAGGCUCCUGUGAGGAAGUACCUCCCCUCGUCUGUUUACCUGGAGGAGAAGAGCGACGAGCAGAAGAAAGAGGAGCUUCUGAGUGCUAUGGUGGCUAAGCUGGGGAACCGUGAGGACCCGCUGCCGCAGGAGCUGUACGAGGGCGUGGACGACGAGGAGUGGGAUGACUAGAGGAACUCCUCACCUUUUGGAUGAGUAAAAGAGGAGUAAAUGAUGAGUAAAGGUGCCAGUAGAUACAGGGGAGUGCUGCUGUUCUCUGUGCCAUGCCUGAGUGCCAAUCUGAACCCAACCUCCAGGACCUCCACCUCUUCACCACCUACCAGUGUUCCAGUCCCACCACCACCCGGCUCCUCCAUCCGUCACAUUAACAUUAACCCUUCCUGCAUCAGAUUUACUCUCCUGUAAUCAGACGGGUGUUUAAUAGACGAGCACUCUGAUCCUAAACCUCACACAACUCUUAUUAAUUUCAGAUUUUAUACUGUAAAUCUGAUCUGCUGUAGUAUAGAUUAAUACACCUCUUUUCUAUACUUAAUCAUUAGGGGUGGGAAUCACAAGGCAUCUCACGAUACAGUAUCACAAUAAUUAUAUCGUGAUACUGUGAUUCUGCAAUACUCAAAAUAUAUCAAGACAAUUUUGUAUGAUACUUCACAACGCCUCAGUUACUGAAGAGGAUUAAAUACUCCUAAAUAAAUCAAAAAUACCAGUAAUUAUGGAUUUAAUUAAAAACUUUUUAAGUAUGCCUAAUUAGGGGGGUGUUAGGGAGUUUAAAGCUCCUAUGUUUCAAUAAACAUAUAUUAAUAUUUGAUGACACACAUCGAUAAUGUAACGUAAAUGAAAACCAUACAAUAUAUCGAAAUAUCAAUAUAUUAUCCCACCCCUACUGAGUCGUGCACUGCCCCCUGCUGUCUGGUCUAAUUCAGAAAGGAUCCUAAUAUGCUGCAGGUCUUUAUUCUAAUCAAUAAGUCAGUGAUUAAUCAAUUCCAUCUGAUCAUAGCAGAUCAAUCAAUCACAUUCUGAUUGGCUGGAAUUAAACCCUUCCCAGAUUAGAUCAGACACUCCUGGUUUUUGGUGCACAACAGCUAUUUUUUCUUACUAUCAGUGUAAAUACAAAUCAGUCUUCCUACUGUUUUUAACUGGAGCUCAUUAAGAUCGAUGUUCACUACAGUUCAAAAGUUUGGAAUCAAUGUUUAGAGGCAUUUAAAUGUGUUUUAGUCAUAUAAAAACAUAAAUUAUUCAUAAAUAAAACCAUUCUAAUUGGCUGUUUCAAAGAAAAAAAAAAUUGUAUAAGACUUUUUAUUUAAGAAAAUUGGAAAAAAUUGAAUAAAAUCAUUUUGAUGUUCUAAAGUGACUAAAUCUAAAAUAAAUACCUACAACAUAAAAUAAAGAAUGAAGAUAUAAUAAAAUAAAUGUUUGAAAAUGCAUUUUGAAAGUUAAACAGAGCUGUGGAAUAUCCAAUAUGUUAAUUCAAAAAUAAAGGUCUAUAAACAUCAAAUAAUAAGGCUAUAUUAAAAUAAUGAAAAUCAUUUUAAAUAAAUCCAGAAAAUUAAACAGACCUGUAGAAUAUUCUACACUCACUAAAUUAAAACUAUAUGUAGAACAAUAAAAUAAAUACACUAAAACAGACCUGUGGAAUAUUAAACAUAUUCUUAAUUUAAAAAAGGCAAUAAAAUGAAAUAAUACUACUAAAAUAAAUAAUCAGUAUGCAUUAUUUUAAUAGUGGUGAACAAAUUACAAUUCAGAUGACGUGACAACUGACAUAAAUGUUAUAAUAUCUACAAUGGCUUUUAUAAUUUGUAGAAUAUAAACUGAAUAUAAAAAAAGAAUUCAAAUUAAUGUAAAAUGACUCCACUUUUUUGAGCUGUAGUUAGUGUCUGGUGUUUGAUGGGAUGUAGAACUGGAAUCUCUGUACUUCUAACAGAUACAAUAUCUAGAACCUUCUGUAAAGGGUUCUAUUAAAUAAAAGGGUUCUCUCUCUCAGUAAUCAGUUUUAACAGUAUUGUAUGUGAUCAGUGCAGCUGCCAAUCAUCUUGCCAAUGAUGUUUAUCACCUAAUGCUGUUACUGUUAUUACUAAUAAUAAUACAGGAGGAUACUGAUCAUUUAGUUAAUAGCACUUCUUAGUGUUUUACACUUCAUGUUAUUAAUAAAUAGGGAAUUAUUACUGGAAGUCUUGUUCUGAAUGUGAUGAGCAUCAGUGUUUUGUAUCUUGUCUCUGAUUGAUCUUUGGGAUGUCUCAGUUUUUUGAUUGAUGGUGAUUUUUAUACUGUGGAGAUAAGUGAUAACUGCAUUACUGUACCCUCUCCUCUGUACUGUGGGAAUGUUGCCUUGCAAUAAAACAAAAAUUACUAAACAAA